AUGGCAGCUGCAGCCACGUCGGCUGGUGCUGCCAUUUCAUCAAUGAUAACAUUGAUGAGAAAGCAAAGUUUCCGUAGCGAUUUUGUACCAUUAAUGGACUAUAGUCAAGAUGAUACAUCGAGUGAAAAUCUCGAAUGGAUGAAUAAACCAGUGGUGAAAUAUGUAUUUCGUCUUACUGGCCUAUUAAGUUUUAUUUCAACAUGUUUGAAUACACCCAAAACAUUUGAAUAUCAUCCAUUUCUUCAAUAUACCACCUUUAUCAUUGAUAUUUUCUGUGCAAUCAUAUUAACUGUUGAAGCAGUAGCAAAAAUGAAAACCGGCGGAUUAUUAGUCGGCGAUUCAGCUUAUCUACGUGAUCGAUGGAAUCAUUUUGAUGCUGUUAUGGUUUUAUGUAUUUAUUUUUCUAUUGUAUUACAGGCUUUAGAAUUAAUUUAUGUAGUUAACAAAUAUACAUAUUUUACAAUAAUUCGUGCACCACGUCCUUUUAUACUCAUUAAAGUACUUAAAACAUUUCUUAAAUUUGAAUUACCUAAAAGCCAGAUAAAAUCUAUUCUUCAACGUUCAAGUUCUCAAAUAUAUAAUGUAACCAUGUUUUUCUUAUUCUUUAUGAGUCUAUAUGCCAUUUUGGGUGUACAAUUCUUUGGGGCACUCACAUUCCAUUGUGUAAGAAACGGUACUGAUUUAAAUAACGUUACAAAGUCAGAUUUAAUGAUACCCGAUACAUAUUGUUCACCAACUAAAGAUGGUUUUACUUGUCCGGACAAUUUUAUGUGUAAAAAAAUUGAUAUUCCACGUAAUCUACGUGGUUAUAAUGGUUUCGAUGAAUUGGCAACUAGUUUCUUUUCGGUUUAUGAAUCUGCUAGUCAAGAAGGUUGGGUAUUUCUCAUGUAUCGCGCUAUUGAUAGUCUACCAUCAUGGCGUGCUUUUUUCUAUUUUAUUACAAUGAUUUUCUUUCUUGCUUGGCUUGUCAAAAAUGUAUUUAUUGCCGUUAUUAUCGAAACGUUCGCUGAAAUUCGUGUUCAAUUUCAACAAAUGUGGGGUUCACGUGGCGCACCUUCAGAUGUUGAAGCAACAAAAAUACUCGAAAAAGCUGAAGACAGUACUUUAAAAUUAGUUAAUAUUGAUGAAAAUAAAAAGAAUGGUGUCGUACCUGCUCUUUGCCUAAAAAUUGCUCAAUCACCAUUAUUUACAACAAUUGUUAUGGUCGUUGUACUUGCGAAUACAAUUUUUACUGCGACUAUUAAACAUACACAUAAUGAAAGUACUGAUCGACGAAAUCGACAUAUCUAUCAUAGAGUUGAAACCCUAUUUACUAUAUUUUUUGAUUUGGAAACACUUUUUAAAAUGUUUUCACUUGGUUUUAAAAAUUAUAUUCGAAGAUCAAUAUUUAAAUUUGAAUUUAUGCUUGCUGUUGGAACAACAAUACAUUGUAUACCGCUAUUUUAUCGAAGUGCAUUUACGUAUUUUCAAGUACUGCGUGUUGCUCGUCUACUUAAAUCAAGUCCGUUGCUCGAAGAUUUUCUCAACAAAAUUUUUGGUCCGGGUAAAAAACUUGGCAGUUUAAUUUUAUUCACUAUGUGUUUACUAUUAAUAACAUCAUCGAUUAGUAUGCAAUUAUUUUGUUUCAUAAAAAAUUUAAAGCAAUUUGAAACAUUCCCUCGAAUUGUACUUUCACUUUUCGUUGCCGUUAUUUUGGACAAUCUUGAACUUGAAGAAGAUGUUAAAAUGAUUAAACAGUUGAAAACUCGUGAAGCCAGCGCUGAAACUCAACAGCAAUUGCCAUGGCGUUUACGUGUAUUCGAACGCUUCCCUGAUCACCCUCAAAUGAUUGAAUUAUCACGUUUACCACACGAGUUUUCCGUACCGAAAAUUCGUGACAGUUUUAUGCGUCAAUUUCUUAAUCAAGAUGAUAUUUAUACGAUUCCACUUGAACUUUCAAUGAAUGUAUAUAGUAAGAGAAAUGCCGUUCGAACAUUGCAUACUACUGAACAUCGACCGACUGGUGAAAGUAUGAAACGUACUGCUGUAUCAAAUAUCAUCAAGAACGUAAAUAACCAACGUUUAUUAAGUGGUGAUGCGAGUCAAAUACAUUUGGCAAGUGUCGGCGAUAAUAAAUUAUCAAUUUAUGUCCAACAAAAUAAAAUACGCCUUCAUCGAAAAAAUUCUAUGCGUCGUUCUGGUUACAGACCAAAGCCAGUUCAUACUAUACGUGAAAAUGGUGAUAUAAAUGCAUUGCAAGGUCGAAUUCAGGAUGAUUAUGAUAUUAAAGUAUUUCAAUAUCGAAAACAACAAGCUGAAUUAAAAAGAAAUCAACAAGAAGAAGAUCUUCGUGAAAAUCAUCCAUAUUUUGAUACACCUCUAUUUGCCGUAUCGCGUGAAAGUAAUUUUCGUAAAUUUUGUCAACUCGUUGUUGAAGCUCGUUAUAAUGUAACUCCAAAAGAUCGUCUCGGGCAAGAUGCAAAAAUAAAUCGAUAUAAAGAAGGACAUAAAUUCCUUGAUUUAGUAACGUAUCUUGAGUGGAUUAUGAUUACUGUUACAAUAUUAUCAGCAGCUAGUAUGUCAUUUGAAACACCUAGCAAUCGUGUUAUUGAUCAACCGCUAUUACAAAUAACUGAAUAUAUUUUUGUUAUUUUUAUGAGUGUUGAGUUAACAUUGAAGGUUUUUGCUAAUGGACUAUUUUUUACACCGAAAGCAUUAAUACGAGAUUUCAGCGGUAUACUUGAUAUGGGAUUCUUUCUGAUUAGCCUUAUUUAUCUUUGUUGGUUACCACGAAGUGUACCAGCGAAUAGUGCUGCUCAAUUUCUAAUGCUGCUUCGAUCAGCAAGACCAUUACGUAUUAUUAUUCUUGUGCCUGACAUGCGAAAAGUUGUUUAUGAAGUUUGUCGAGGGUUUAAAGAAAUUUUACUGGUAUCGAUCUUACUUGUUGUGUUAAUGUUUAUUUUUGCUAUAUAUGGUGUUCAAAUAAUUGGUGGCCAAUUAGCUCGAUGUAAUGAUCGAACUUAUUAUAAACAACAAGAAUUAUGUCGUGGCACCUUUUGGAGAGAACUUUAUGUAUCAAAAAUGAAUGUUAGCGGAGCUGAUCCAGUUAUGUUAGUACCAAGAGUAUGGGCGAAUCCACAUAAUUUCAAUUUUGAUUAUAUCGGUAGUGCUAUGUUAGCUCUUUUCGAAGUUUUGUCACUUGAAGGCUGGCUUGAAAUUCGUGAUAUUAUUAUGGAUCGUAUGGGACCAGAACAUGCUAUUUUUGUGCAUAUUUUUGUAUUUAUUGGCACUUUGGUUGGUUUAACAUUAUUCGUUGGUGUUGUUAUUGCAAAUUAUUCAGAAAAUAAGGGGACCGCUCUGUUAACUGUUGAUCAACGUCGUUGGAUGGAUUUGAAAGGUCGUAUUAAACUUGCUCAACCAUUACGUACACCACCUCGACCAGAAAACAAUAAAUUUCGUUCCUAUGUAUUUGAUAUAACACAAACUAAAGUGUUUAAAAAAUCUUCUGCCGUGCUUGUGCUGCUCAAUUGUGCAUUACUUUAUAAACCAUGGAAACCAAAAGAGAAAAUAACACAAAUAUCAGCGUUGAUAUCAUCUGUAUUUACAUUUCUAUUUCUUGUUGAAGCUAGUAUGAAAUGUAUCGCACUUGGUGUCGUUGGUUAUUGGCAAUCACGUCGUAAUCGUUUUGAUUUAUUAGUUACAAUACUUGGAAUCGCUUGGAUUGUAUUAAAUAUUAUCUCUAUGGGACAAAAUGAUCUUCAAGAAUUCAGUAAUACAUUUGGAUUUACUGUGAUUAUACUACGAUUUUUUACUAUCGCCGGAAAGCAUGCAACACUUAAAAUGCUUAUGUUAACUAUUAUUGUAUCUUUCUUUAAAUCAUUUUUUAUUAUUUUGGGCAUGUUUCUACUUAUGUUGGUAUAUGCAUUUGCUGGUGUUAUCCUUUUCGGUUGCGUUAAAUUCGGUCCUGAACUUGGACGACAUGCCAAUUUUAAAACAGUUCCAAAUGCGAUUGUACUUCUAAUGCGCAUAGUUACUGGUGAAGAUUGGAAUAAAAUCAUGCACGAUUGUAUGGUUGUACCACCACGAUGUACACGUGGGGGUUCCUAUUGGGAAAGUGAUUGUGGAAAUUCAACAGCAUCUAUACUUUACUUCUGUUCGUUCUAUAUCAUAAUUACUUAUAUCGUAUUGAAUCUUCUUGUUGCUAUUAUUAUGGAAAAUUUUUCGUUGUUUUAUUCAAAUGAAGAAGAUGCUUUACUUAGUUAUACGGACAUUCGUCAUUUUCAAACUGUUUGGAAUAUGAUUGAUACGGGACGUAAAGGUCUCAUACCAGCUCGACGUGUAAAAUUUUUAUUACGAUUACUUCGAGGACGAUUAGAAGUUGAUGCAGAAAAACUUUAUAAACAUAUGUGUUACGAAAUUGAAAAGUUAAAUAACGGUAGUGAUGUUACAUUUCAUGAUGUUCUUAAUAUGCUAGCGUAUCGUUCAGUUGAUAUUCGUAAAUCAUUACAAUUUGAAGAAUUACUUGCACGUGAAGAACUUGAAUAUUUAAUUGAAGAAGAAGUAGCUAAAUUAACCAUUCGAAAUUGGCUUAAUAGAUGUUUGAAACGUAUUAAAGCUAAAGAUCAAACAAAUGUCAUUAAGAGUUUACAGCGCAGUAAUGAAUUAGCAUUUUUUCGUGAAGCACAACAAGCAAUAACAACAAACGAAGCAUUGAGGAAGACAGCAACAAAUGAUAGUUUAAGUGUUGAGGAUCGACAACAACAGCAGCAGCAGCAGCAGCAACAACAACAACAACAACAGCAACAACAACAACAACAAACACAAUCACAAAAAGAAAUAGCCAAAAGAAAACUUGAUCGAACAACAACUUUACCAACACCUUCAUCAGAAAUCAGUAAUCCAAAUUAUCGAUUACAACCAGGACUACGAGAAAUUCCCAGCGAAAUAAAAGGAUCAAGACGACCAGCAACUCAUCCACAAUUACAACAAAAUAUUAGUUUGACUUUCAGUACUGAUGAAUCUUAUUCAUGGCGUUCUUGGGAAGAAGCUCAUCAUUCAAAUGGACGAAAAGAUAUUGAAUCAUGGUGGACCAAUCAAUUGGAUACGUCAACUUAG